GAUCCAUGACGUCAGCUGUAGGAAUGCGGAAAUGAAAAGCGAUGUGUACUAUAGCUAUGGCUAUGGCGGCAGCUAAUAUCAUUGCGGAAGCGGAGGCAGAGCAGAGAGAGCAAGAAAAGCACGGAGCAAACCAAUCAGAAACAUUACUUAGAUGGGAGCGAGCUCUAAAUCUUGAUCCAGAAGUGCAAAUACACAAAAACUUACAGAUUUAGAAAGCUCUGAUUCUCUUGGAAAAAAAAGUUUUCCUACCUCCCCUGAAAUGAGAGAGCACAAAAUGUUCCAAAAACGCCUGGCAUUUCCUGUAACUGAAAUGUGAAAUUCUGCUGGUACUUAAAGGGGGAACAGAUGCUUUUAAGAGAAAACCUUAUCACUUGCAACACAGAAGCAUGGCAAAGCCAUCCAGAUUUUUUGGGACUUCAGAGGAUAGGUGGGGUAGAUUUGUCCUACAUUAAAGAAGAUGAUACUGUUGCCUGUGCAUCACUUGUGGUCUUAAGCUACCCUGAGUUGAAGGUGAUCUAUGAAGACUGCCAUUUGGUGACCAUCAAUGUCCCCUAUGUAGCUGGAUAUUUAGCAUUUCGAGAAGUCCCAGUUUUAGUAGAUGCAGUUCAAAAGUUACUCGAGAAAGAUCCCUGCUUGAUGCCUCAGGUCCUUUUUGUAGAUGGUAAUGGAAUCUUGCAUCACAGAGGGUUUGGUGUAGCAUGCCACCUUGGCAUACUGACUGACUUGCCCUGUAUUGGUGUCGCCAAGAAUCUGCUCCAGGUUGAUGGAAUAGAGAAUAACGAUGACCACAAAGAACAGAUACGAGAGCUGCAGAGUGGAGGAGACUUUUUUAACUUGACUGGAAGUUCUGGUGCUAUACUGGGAGCUGCUCUAAAAAGCUGCUCCAAGAGCUCCAAGCCUGUCUACAUUUCUGUUGGCCACAAAAUAAGCCUGGAGACUGCUGUGCGGCUGGUCCACUCCUGCUGCCAGUACAGAGUCCCUGAACCCACCAGACAGGCCGACAUCCGAUCAAGGGAGUUUCUGUGCAAGAAUCGCAGCCAAAAUAUCUAAAAAUCUAAGCUGAACGAGUUGUUACAUCUCCAGGCAAUGUCUGACUGCACCCUUAUUGGUAAAGAGACUGGAAUUUGUUAAGAAUUUUCUACUGGAUACUGGUAAAAGCCAGAAAGAAUAAAGUAGCGGACAUCCUCUUCUACUGACCAAUUUUAACAAAUAUUUAUCUAACAAGUCAGUAAUCCCUUGCUACAAAUUGCAUGUGCGCUCACUGGAAUGGGGGGAGCUUGGAGAAAUUGGGAUUUAAGUUAAAACAGGGAGAUAAGGGGUAUAGUCCGGAGUGCACCGGAUUUUAAUUGGGAAAAUAUAUAUAUAUGAGGUGUAAAUGAUAUCUCAUAAGUAAUGUUUCACACAGUGACAUUACUUUAGCAUUAUCCAGGCAACAUAACCUUACACUAGAUUUUUUUAUAUACAUUUAUAUAUACAUUUAGGUAAUUAUAUAUACAUUUGUAUAUAUUUAAUACCGUUGUUAUCACUAUAUCAAGAAAAAUAAAAUCUGUUUUAAAG